AUGAGAGUGGAGGAAGGGGCUGCAUUAGACUACUCUCUGGAUGGGCAGGAACCUGACUGUGACAUCAAACCUGAGGUUACCAACAGCAAUAGGCGGAAGUGCAACAUAGGAGAUCACCCACUCUUGAUGUGGAUCAAGGACCGCAACCUUUUUUUGCAGGAACUACUACGAUAUGAGGGCUGUGAGUGGAGAGGCUCUUACUUCAUGACCAUCUCACUCAAGAAGUUAGGGCUGCAUGACUUUACCCAUGAAAGUAUUAGGAUCAUUACGAAGCAUUUAUGCAGAUGCUGGUGUAGAGAGUACUGGAAGCAGCAAAUGUGCUGUGCUAUGCCCAGCUUGUCUACAACCAGUUGGUUGUAUGCUCUCUUUGUGGCGAUUGAUGCCAACUUCUGCCUUAAAAGGUGCAUAGUGUCUAAGGAUAGCAUGGACCCUAGCCUUAGUCGUGGCUGGGCUUAUUUUGUUGAGGAGACUGCCUACAAAACAUAUCUACAAACCUGCAGCGGUAACACACAGCAGAAAAGCACAUGUUCAUCCCAUAACACAGUAAACAUGGCAGACUCAAAAGUGUCACAUGGUCUAGCCACCACAGGAGUUGGGACCAUUGAUUGUGCACAACACAACAUGAAGCUGCCAAAUGGUGUUGGUGAUUUACAAAAAGGCGAAAGAAUGUUGGCCAAACAGAUAGUGAAGCGCCUGAAUGUGGAUGGUCAAAUAUCAACCCCAUGGCCUCUAGUACCAAAGAAAUGGGACCAGGCUCAUGGAGAGACGUACUUGAUGACCAUUUUGGUGACUGGAACUGGAAGAAGGUUGUACCUUUGUAAAAUGACGGAGGCCAACAAAGAACAAGAGGCACAUCAAACAGCAUUUCAAGAACUCCACAAGGCGCUGGCACCCAAGACAACAGAGGCCUGGACAGUCGAAAUUGAAUCCUGGGAGGAAAAUCUAAAUGAUUCUUUGGUCACAAAUCCAUUCAAAUCAAAAGUCAUUGUAUUACAAGCUGUUAUACAAGCUGCUAUUCAGCUCAAACUCACUCAGCUCGAGGCAUAUGAGCUCUAA